AUGAAACCGCCUGCAACCUCGCACAACUUCCGGCCCAUUCCCAGCAAUCUUCCCCCUGUGCCCGACCUUCGGCACUUCCGUCCCUACGCAGACUCUCAAUCGAACGCCACUUCUCAAGAGGAGACACUAGAAGACGAUCCAGUCACCACGACAACGCCUGUUCGUCAGUGCAGGUCGCUCGACGAGGUUGGUGAACGCUGCGCAAGUUACGAGGUACCCUCGGUCAGGCAGGCUGAAAGGAACAGGAUCAACGAGGCUCAAGAGCCAGCGACUCAGACGAGGGUCCAUGAUCCAGCUUCAUGUUCACAGAGGUCGCAAGCGGCCAACGUCAUCAAUACAUGCAAUACAGGCACCGUGUUUCACGCCUUGAUCGCACGCAGUGCGCCAGCCACGCUGGAGACGCCAGGGACUCCCGUGGGCGAUGCUGAGCAAGUGGAUGCAGGGAUAAACGAAGACGCCACAACCACACCGCCUCGUGCUAUUGCCUGGGAUCUCGACGCUUACAUCACCCAGUGGCUAGAGAAUGAGCGGGCCUUGCGAGCAAGUGCCACCUCCCUGGUGACUUCAGCCCCUCGCGUUGGCGAAGGCAACAGCACUUGUCAGGACGAAAUUUGCGACAAGGACGGCGAUGACGACGAGAAGGACAAGAGCAGCGUCAGCGACGAUGUUGACGACAGCAACAACAAUACCAUCGUCCACAACAACAAAACCCCUGUCGUAUAG